AUGACGACUUCGGUGAGCCGUCCAGGACGUGAUAUAUUCAGUCGUUCGGCAUUGACAACCUCUCUUUGUGAUCCCUUAGUGGCACCAGUUACCGCCACAAACCUUGGCGAAAGAGUUCGGCGACUGCAGCAAAUGCUGAUGGAGCGGCAAAAUAAUGGAAGUAAUAGUGUAUCAGCCUCCAAGAAUUCCUAUCAGCGAGAAAAUAGAAUUGUCACGGAAAAUAGUUGUUUGAAGAAAAAACAAUCUGCAAACAGUUCUGAAUAUGUCUCAUCACCUGGACGGAAAAGUAAGGAAUUAGAAAAACGACCAAUUCCAACUAUAUCAGUUGAACAGUAUGACGAUUCGCAUACAUCAGCCUUACCAGCUGGUCAUCUCGAUAUUCAUAAUAAUCUAUCAGAAAAAUUAGAAAAUGAUUUAUUGAAGACUACGAAGGAAAAAUCUCGAACAGUUAGGAAAUACCUCGGGAGUUUAACAAGCACUCGAUAUUUACAUAGCAUUUUUUCUCCUAUUAUCAAAGAAAGUUCUUCAGAAGAUAGUAAGCAUCAUGCUUUGAGUACAAAGCAUAGCUUUUCUCAGCCUAAUGCUGACGACAAUGUUUGUGCAAUUGUUGUUCCUUCUGAAUCCACAACACAAAUUCCGGUAAUAAAAAGGAGGAGCAUGGUCAGAGAAAUUGAUCUAAACGAAGGGGUUAAAGGGAAAAACAUUACUGCUACUCUUUGCAGUGGAGUUCCUUCUAGUUUAUUGCAAAAAGAGACUGGAUGUACAACAAGAUAUUUGUUGGACGACGGCAAGACUUGUACAAAAGAUAAAAUCGAAAGACAAGGGUCAAAAAGACGUUCAUAUGCUGGUGACGAUAGGAUUUUCAGAAUACCGUUUUUGAACUCCAGUGUAGUCACUGCUUGUCGGCAGAAGUCUGCUGUAUACGAUUCCAGUCCUUCUAGUAAAGUGAAAAGUACUAGUGAUGAAGGAACGGACGAACUGAAUUCCGAUGGUAAAGAUGGUAAAAAUUUGGAAAAGCAACCGUCUUCUGACAUUUUAACUGUUACUGGGAACGCCCUUUCGAUAUCUGAGUCUUUUAAAAAUGACGGUGGUAUUGAAGAGACUGAAAAAUCAACAUUUAAGAAUAUUAUAGUGGGGAAAAGUAGUUCUGAGUUUAUGAGAAAUGAAGACCCACUUGUUUCAGUAGAAGAUAAAAGAUUGAUGGAGGAAAAUGAGCUUGCAGAGACAGUUCCAAUAAAGGAAGUGCCUUUGUCGAAAGUUGAGGGCGAAGUUAAAAGGCUUUCUUUUACUGAAUCUUUGUUUCCAAAUCCAAAUCAUUCGGUCCUUAGUGGAAGUCCAGCAUCAUAUUACAGAGGCAUUAAACUUCCGUUACCUCCUUUACCGGAAGUGUAUUCAGUGCGGAAAUCAUUUGAUGAGUCUUCUCAAGAUGUUGAUAAAAGUCCAUCUGGUCUAAAAACUCGAAAAACUCCGCUUAGAGCUUAUGGCCGCAGUCAUACAACUAGCACGUACAAUGGCUGCAAGGAUGCCGCGCCUGAUGCUUCACCACGUCGUCAUCUUAUUGGCUUUCUUCAUCGCACAUCACAUCUUUCGCUAACAAGUGAACUAAGUGCAGAUGCUUCGUUCUACCUAAUUGGUUAG